AUGGCGUCAGAUAGGAGGAGCGUUAGAGCUACCAGACCUGACGUUACUGUAUUCCCAGAGGCGCCGCCUAGUAUUGCGGCACUCUUCCUCAUAUGCUUUGACAUCAAGGCCGGUUAUGCGAUAAAAUGGAAACGAUCCAAUCCAGAUGUUGUGCUGGAAAACGUUGUUGAAUACAAAUCCCUUCCUUCCGGCCUACACAAUGUUAGGGAAGACCUUAUAUACUUCGUCGACGAUCAACAUGCCGGUAUCAGUGCAUUUAUCAACCACCCCGCAGCCGAGUCCCAAAGGAAUGCCCUGAUGAUGGCAGUUGGCGUUUUGGUUCCACUUAGCUAUGGCAGAUUGGGGAAGGCCUGGAGGCAUGCGGCGAAACUUAAGGAAUUAGCCAGGAGCUUCGCGGAUGACCCUGAUAACAUGGAACCUUUGUCGGCGUAUUGGGAAAUGUAUCAGUUCUCUGACGAAGUUAAUUCUUCCUCCGAUUCUCCCUUAGGCUCCAUCGCGAGCUUGAAAACACCAAUUCGUGAGGGAUACACCAGACAGCGAGCACUCAGUGAUGCCACGGCACUUAUGAGUUCGAAGCAAUCACUCGCUCCCUAUCAUCCCGCCUCGUCUCUUCCAGAUUUUAUGAACACUUUUGGACCCUUGGUUUUCCAGUUAUAUAGAGCAGCUUUACUACGAAAACGAAUUCUUUUUGUUGGGGAGGCUCCCGUGGAAGAAUCGUGUAAUUUCGUUUAUGAUUUAUCUCUUCUGUCCUCCCUUCCUCAGUCGCUAGCCCCUCUUCUUCCAUCUACUGCUCUGCCAUCUCUUAGACCUCGCCCAAUGUUCAGUAUUGGCAUUCACGACAUGCCGUAUCUAUUAUCAUUACCCAGCCCGUCCAUCUCGGAUCCCGAUGGCUGCUGGAUUGCAUGUACUACUGACCGGGUUCUCAGUCUCAAACCUGAGAUAUAUGAUGUCCUCGUAAACUUACCACCUGCUUAUACUAAACAUGCACCUUCAAAAAUUUACCCUAAAAUACAGCUCUCAUCACCACUAUCCACAGAUAACGGUCAUCAAAAGCCUAUAUCCUUAAAGGCAACCCAGCGAGAUGCACGUCGAUAUAUAACCCUUAGGAGUGGCCUUCACGAACUUUCUCGGUUCGAAUCUGCCUCUACCAUGGGUGAUGAAGAUGAUUCAGACAAUGCUUCCACAUUCUCCUCUAGCUCCAUUGUCGAACCUGUCUCUUGGCCACUUCUCGCGUACACCUCCUUCAUUUGGUGGGCUUCCGCUGGUGAAAAGCGUGAAGUCGCCUUUGAAGGAGAAAAUGAACAGGAUUCCCGGUUACUACUAAUGGACAACGAAAACACCCCCAACCCCCCCUAUCCAAGCAACCUGAGCCGUCGCGGUAGCAUAACCCUAGCAGACCGGAACAGCCACCAACCACGAGAGAUAGCCCUGAUAACGUAUUUCCGCCGCCUAACCACCCAGAUAUUCACAGUCAUUUCAGACGUCAUCGCCCGCCAGGACGACAACUCAGCCGACGCCGAUCAAGAGUAUUUUAACUACGAACAGACCGGGGCGGAUGCUUGCCGCAGUGAUAUGGAUGAACACACUGCAGCACCCAACGUGUCAACUUCCUCUCUAAAUGAACCGCUCCUCCAUUCAUCGCCUAGCAACGACUCAGCCGACGAUGACGAAAUCGUGACCAUUACAUCCAGUGACAUGACGGAGAUGGGUCUGGAUAUGUGGAGUGCAUCGGAUCGUGCAUUCGUCGAGGAACUUGUUCAGGUGUGGUGGGGGCGCAAAGCAAAGGUACAUGGCGCCAGAAUUAGCUGUUGUGGCCUUCAGAUUCUUUAG